GAAACAGAGAUGCAAGUCUGAUAAUGAAAAACAGCAGGAAGCGACGAUCAAAGUUAGACUUCAGCUAAGUCAGUGUGUCAGUAAAGCCAGAAGAGAUUGAUGGGCACCCAAAACACAAAACUCCAUGACUGAGAACAAGUCCAGAAGCUAUCAGCUACCAAAGUCUUUCAGUAGCCACAUUGGAAGAGAGCAACGACAACAUCUGCUGACAAGAUGUCAAUAGGAGCUCAUGAAAGUUUUGUCCUGUUUGUCUACAUCAUCACUUUCCUGACAGGACUGCCCUCCAACAUUCUUGCCUUAUAUACUUUCAGCCUGAAAGUUCGCAGGAACCCCGCUCCCAUUGAUAUUCUGUUGCUGAACUUGACUGUCUCAGACCUCAUCUUCCUCAUUUUCCUGCCCUUCCGGAUGUAUGAGGCAACCAAUAAUAUGGAAUGGAAGCUCCCUUAUUUCCUCUGCCCUUUGUCAGGAUUCAUAUUCUACUCCACCAUCUACAUCAGCACUUUUGUUCUGACAGCAGUCAGCGUUGAGAGGUACCUGGGUGUGGCCUACCCCAUAAAGUACAAAGUUAACAGGAAGCCCAUCUAUGCCGUUGUCGCAAGUGUAUUUUUCUGGGUAGUAUCAACGGCUCACUGCAGCAUCGUGUAUAUAAUCCAUUCCAAAACCCCACAAAAUUAUGAUUCGAACAGGUCCGUGCUUUUGUGUUAUGAAAACUUCACCGAAGACCAACUGAAAAUCCUUCUGCCUGUGCGCUUAGAAUUAUGCUUGGUGUUGUUCUGCAUCCCUUUUCUCAUCUGUACUUUCUGCUACAUUAAUUUCAUCCGGAUCCUCUCCAACCUGCCCAAUAUCAGUCGGAGAAGGAGGCUAAGAGCCAUCGGGCUGGCUCUUGGAACCCUGGUGGUUUUUAUGCUGUGUUUCGGGCCCUACAACGUUUCUCACGUGGUUGGGUUCGUGAAAGGGAGAAGCCCUGAGUGGCGGGUCGAUGCUCUUCUGCUCAGUACCUUCAAUGCCUGCUUGGAUCCUAUCAUCUUCUACUUCUCGUCCUCAGCGGUCCAGAAGACCUUCACCCAGUGCUUUUCCAGAACUUUCACUAAGUUACGGCUGUGCAGUUUUUGUAACCCUCUGUGUCCUCUUUCAUGUUCAACUACAGAAGAUUCAGAAGGCAGCUCAAAUGUGCCCCAGAAGCCAGAAACAACGACGUACCAUUAAAGCAGCAAAAGUAGCAAAAAUGACCUUGGAAGAUACCUCACUUUUAUUCCUAACCAAAGUUGAAAACAAUGACGGGUGGUGAAACAGUGCGAGAUUGUGUUAGUGAUUGUGCCAGUGCUAGAACAAAGAAAUGUUCUGGCUGGCAUUAGCCUUUGCUGGCAAAGCAAGUGUUCAGUCUUCUGGAACUCAGAGACUCAAAGUAACUGCUGUGAACUUAAUAACAGUUACAAAGAAGACGGGAGAGUUCAUGUCCAUCUGGCUAAUUUGGUUUUUCAUUAUUUAUCCAGGGCAUCUGGUUCAUCUGGACAGCUUGUUACAUACUCCCAUUGAAAACCAUUGAGUAUCAGAUUUUUGACAUAUUGGGGAGAAAUCUAACCUGUGUCAUUGCUACUGUAAAACAUGAAACUGACUUUGUUGUGUUAUGGAUAUACAGUACAUGCUAUAGUGACCUAGGUUAGAUACUCCUUGUUGAUGGACAGUUAUUGCAAUUCAGAAAUACAGGGUAAAAACAAUAUCAUGUAUUAAGCUUAUUCAUUAAUUGGGGAUUAAUCGUUUCCUCCUAUUACCAAUUCUCAGAACUUUAUUUGUACAUUUUAUUUGCAAGAAUACAUCCCCUCAUCCAACAGCCAACCUGUCUUCAAUCCAUAUCUAAAUGUUAAUGUGCUGCAACAAAGGAUAAAGUAUACCGUAUCACAUUUGAAUGCAGUACAAAAAAUGAAUGACUCCCAUCCAUCCUCAAGUUAUGUGUUGGAAUGGCACAGUCAGAAGCACUUUUCCUGUUUUUACACAGUUUUACUCCAAAAAUACUGGUCUAGAGUAAAUAUAAAAAAGAAAAUUUAAUAAAAAUGUAAAUAAAAAAGUAAAUAUACUUGCAAUAUAAAUGUGCUGGCAGGCCCAUAGCAUACCAUAGCAAGGCUAUUUUUAUUGUGAGCAGCUAUCUCAAUUCACAAAGAUUGUUUUAUUUAAUUUCACUCAGUAAAAAUGUCAGAUUUACUAUGUAAUGUGAAUGGGGAGUAGAAAGGUCUUAAACAAUAAACAGGCAUUAUUAAACUCUACUGUUUAACAAUUAUGCAACAAAACCUCAGGAUUUUUCUUUUGCUUAAUGUGUUCUUUUUCUACAGUGUUUUGAAGGAACUUUUUGUGAAUGAGAACUAUAACUUCAAUGUCCAGACAUCUAAUGAGAACUGCUGAAAAUCUGCGGAUCUGUUCAUCUGCCCCAUGCUAAUCAAAUAUUAUUCCUCAGAAAAGGAUGGCUUUGGGUUUAAUGUUAAGCAAUGCAAUAAUGUAUACAUCUGUAUUAAUAUGUUGUUCUCUCUAUUUUUCCAAACUCAGUUGCAACAUAAUUUUAUAAAACAUGCACCAUAAUUUGCAAUACAUGAAAUCAAAUCUGGCUAUAUUUAUUUGUACUGGAAACAGAUUAAUAACGUCUCUCAUAAUGUUGACUUAUCAACAGUCUUUUAACUUAAAACUUCUGUAUGGCCUAAAGUGCUUGAAAUUUAUACAAGAGACCAUACGAACACUACAGAAAUUUAAUCUCAAAAUCUAACAAAAUGCAUAUAAAAAUUUAACUUGAUUUACCAGCUGAGUACCAUCUACUCUGUUAUAUACUGUACGUGUUGAUUGCAUGUACCGUAAGUGUUAGUUAAUUAAAUACUGCAUUCAGUUACCACUUUGCAAGUAAUGUAUAUAACUAAAACCCAUUGAUGAACUUCUAUCUGCUUAUACUGUAUUUAUAUUUAAUAACAUUUAGUACGUCAACUGUUUUUGUUUUCAACUAUAACUUAUUUUGUUAAGCUGAAAAACAUAUUUCAAAUGUUCUUUUUGUAUCCUUUCUAUUUAUUAAUUGGAUUUCAUAUCUUGGAAAGGUUUGGAAAUUGAUUUGUCUUAAAUCAUUUAUAGCUUAUUUAGAUAUGUAUAUUUCAUAAAAAGAUGUAUCCUUCUAUUUCUACUAUUGUGUGCAAUAAAACAACUAUUUGUUUUUUUA